UCUGGCAUGAAUGGCGUAACAAAUUUGAAGGUUAGAAAGAAGCACUGCGCUUCUCCCAGUAGAAGCAUAUAAUUAGAAUUGGAAAGUGAAUAAAUACCGCCGAUUAAAUGGCAUUUGGGAAAGGUUUAGGGCAUAAUCUCCCAUAUCUGCAGCAGCAGUUUGUUGCACUUCUUGGAAAUACCAGUGCCAGUGUUAAAGUUAUCUGUAUAAUCGUACUUUUUUCAUAUUGUUUGUCAUACAUAGAACAAGCAGUCUUGGCUCUCAGUGUAACACCAGGCUAUUUGUUACCUUCUGUUUUUUGGAUAUGGACAGCUUUUACAUUUUGUUUUUUGGAAAUACAUUUUUGGGAAGUAUGCGCUGACAUUGUAACGGUUGGACUCUGUGGUAAAUUGAUUGAGCCUCUGUGGGGUGCUAUGGAAAUGUUGACUUUUUUUGCGAUUGUUAAUGUUGGCGUUGCCCUAUUGUCAGCGAUAUUUUAUUUGUUUCUCUUCAUGUGUACUGACGAUCCGAGUUUUUUGUUUGACAUUCAUAUUCAUGGACUUACAGGAUAUAUAGCUGGAGUCAGCGUUGCGGUAAAACAAAUAAUGCCCGAUCAUAUUAUAGCAAAAACUCCUGUGGGGAAAAUCACGAAUAGAAAUAUUCCCUUGACGCUCUGGAUUUUUCUUUUAUUACUGUGGAUUGUUGGUUUAUUAGAAGGAACCCAACCGACAAUGUUUCUAAAUGGUUUAUUCGUCUCAUGGGUUUAUCUGAGGUUUUAUCAGAAGCAUAGUAAUGAAACAAGAGGGGACAUGGCCGACAACUUCACAUUUGCUAGUUUUUUCCCAAACGUUUUACAACCACCGGUAGCAGUUGUUAGUAAUACACUAUACAAUUUCUUUGUUCGGAUUGGUAUCUGCAAGAAAGUUGUUAGACGAUUUGAUAUGUCUAACGCACCUCCAGGGUUGAUCAUUUGCUUACCUGGAAUCGAUCCUCAAGACAGUGAAAGACGAAGACAAAUAGCACUGAAAGCACUAAGUGAACGUUUGAGUAAGGAUCACGCAAGGCCUCGACAACAGGAUAAACACAAAAAACUCUCUUCAUCGUCUACAGCGGUGUCUGUCGCAAUUCCCGAAUCAGCCCUUCCAAAACCAGUCCCAUCUCCACUUAUACCACAAUUGAACAUGAAUGUUCAAAGUCAAACCUUUGGAAAAACGUGAUGUAAGUGUAUACAGAAACAGAAAACUGUAAAUCCAUUCCAGAGUUUAACUAAUUAAAACACGCAAAAUGUGGAGCAUAUUUUCUUGAGUACAUUCAAGGAGGAUUCCCAGAACUUCACUUUGUUUUCACACUAACGUUUGAUGUAUACAAAAAAAAAAUUUUAUAUUUUUGUGUUGUAAACUUCUCACGUGCAUUCAAACCGUUGGGCGGAAAACAUACUUGAAAUUGCCGGACUAGUUUUUCAAUGUAGUUGACGUGACAUGAUCCAAAUUUAGCGUGUUUUGUAUACAUUUCAAAAAUUCAAUAUCAAUAAUUGACUGAGGAAGUAGCUUAAAAUAAAGAAAAUAGAAAGAAAUACCCUCGUUGAAGUUAUAAAUUUGUGAUUAAUAUUAAUGCAAUUUUUUAGAUUAAAGAAAUGACCCUCCUCCUCCAUAAAAAAAUGAUUAGAUUUUUUUUGGGUCAAUACCAUUUCUCUGUAUAGAAAAAGCAAACUCACUUUUUUGUACCACUUUGGGGCGAAUUAUACUUUUAUUCUAUUCAGCAUUAGCUCAGUAUAUUGGUUUUUUUGUAUCAAAACGAAAGAUGUAAAUAUUUCAUUUCAUUUCAAGUAAUCUUAUUGUACAGAAAAAAAAUGGAAUUAAAUAAA